AUGAGCGGCUUCGAACAGAACCGCGUCUUCGCCAUCCCGGUCAUGGAGACGGCGUUCGCGCCCGACUCGCCGGCCGAGAGCGAGAGGCAGUUCUACGAGUUCCUCAAGAACUUCCGUAUCGGCAACGACUUUGUGUAUCGCGACCGGCUGCAGUCUGCGCUGCUGAUGCACCACCACACGCUGGAAGUGGACAUGAAUGACCUCGUCGUUUGGAAUGAGGACCUCGCGCAAAAGGUCCACGACCAGCCCGGCGAGCAGGUGCCCCUGAGCGCGCUUCUCCGCAUGGCGAGGCAGCAGGCCCUCCCCGGUGUCGACCCAGGCUCGACAGCGGCCGCCGACGCCGUCCCCGAGAUGCAAGUCACGCUCAAAUCGAACAUGAACAUGAUCCAGUUCCGCCAACUCACCGCCGACACGCUCACGAAGCUGGUGCGCCUGCCCGGUAUCGUGAUCAACGCAUCGCAGCUCUCCUCGCGCGCGACAGAGCUGCACAUCCAGUGCAAGUCGUGCCGUACCGUCAAAAUCGUCAAGGUCGGCGGCUCGCUCGGUGCGGAGCGUACCGCGCUUCCGCGCCGCUGCGAGGCACCCGCCGUUGAGGGACAGAAGAAGGAAUGCCCGCUCGAUCCGUUCGUUAUUCUGCACGACCGCUGCCGCUUCAUCGACCAGCAGAGCAUCAAGCUCCAGGAGGCGCCGGACAUGGUCCCCGUCGGCGAGCUGCCGAGACACAUGAUGCUCCAGGCCGAGCGAUACCUGACCGGCCGCGUCGUGCCGGGAUCGCGCAUCAUUGCGACGGGCAUCUACUCUACCUAUGCGCCCCAGUCGAAGAACAGCAGCAAGAGCGGCGCUCCGGCCCUGAGGCAGCCGUACCUCCGUGUCCUGGGGAUUGAGCUCGACACGACGCUUGCAUCCUCGCCGGGCUCCCGCGUCUUCAGCCCCGAGGAGGAGGAGGAGUUCCAGCGCAUGGCGCGCACUGACGGGCUGUACGACCGGUUUGCGGGGUCCGUUGCGCCGUCGAUCUUCGGCAACCUCGACGUGAAGAAGGCGGUGACGUGUCUGCUGAUGGGCGGGUCGAAGAAGAUUCUCCCCGACGGCAUGCGGCUACGCGGCGACAUCAACGUGCUCCUGUUGGGAGACCCCGGUGUGGCCAAGUCGCAGCUGCUCAAGUUUGUCGAAAAGGUGUCCCCCAUCUCAGUAUACACUUCGGGCAAGGGCAGUUCGGCGGCCGGUCUGACGGCGAGCGUGCAGCGCGACCCGGUCACGCGCGAGUUCUACCUCGAGGGCGGCGCCAUGGUGCUCGCCGACGGCGGCGUGGUGUGUAUCGACGAAUUCGACAAGAUGCGGGACGAAGACCGCGUCGCAAUCCACGAGGCGAUGGAGCAGCAGACCAUCUCGAUCGCGAAAGCGGGCAUCACGACGAUUCUCAAUUCCCGCACCAGCGUGCUGGCAGCAGCCAACCCCGUGUUCGGCCGAUAUGACGACCUGAAGUCUCCCGGCGAGAAUAUCGACUUCCAGACGACGAUUCUGUCGCGAUUCGACAUGAUCUUCAUCCUGAGGGACGAGCACAACGAGGCGCGCGACCGCACCAUUGCCAAGCACGUCAUGAACAUCCACAUGCUGCGCGAGGCGGACAACGACGCCAUCGGCGAGAUCGAGCUGGACACCAUGAAGCGGUACAUUGCCUACUGCAAGGCGAAGUGUGCCCCCCGUCUAUCCCCCGAGGCGGCCGAGAUGCUCUCGUCCCAUUUCGUGGCGCUGCGAAAGCAGGUCCAGCAAGUGGAGCGGGACACGGACGAGCGCAGCAGUAUUCCGAUCACGGUGCGCCAGCUCGAGGCCAUGAUCCGUAUCUCCGAGUCACUCGCCAAGAUCACGCUCAGCCCAACAGUCGGCGUGCACCACGUCGAAGAGGCGAUCCGCCUCUUCAAAUACUCGACCAUGGACGCCGUCGCGGCCGGCCAGGUCGAUGGCAUGUCGAGGCAGGAACUGCAGGAGGAGAUGGAACGCAUCGAGCGCGAGUUGCGCCGCCGGCUGCCGAUCGGGUGGAGCACGAGUUAUCAGAGUCUUGUCCGCGAGUUUGUCGGCCACCAGGGAUACUCCCAGCAUGCGCUUGAGCGCGCGCUCUGGGUGUUGGAGAAGAGGGAGGUGAUCCGGUUCAGCGGGCAGAAGAAGGUCGUGAACCGCGUGGGCGUGUAG